AUAGUUGAGUUGAGUCACUCUUACAUCUCCUUUACCAACAAUAACAAUGUCUGUGUUUGGAGUCACCCUCAACCCCAUAGUUUUUUCUUGCAAAAUUCCCCAUUUCCAAAGUAGGAGAUUGAAUUGUUUAGCUAAUGAUUUGCAUUUGCCUCACUCUCCAUCUUCACUGCACCUUCCCAAUUUAUCAUCUCAACAGUUGAUGGAGCGGUUGUUGAAUAAGGAGGACUUGAAUGAAGCAGAAGCAGAGGCCUCACUGGAUUUCUUGCUAAAAGAUGGCAGUGAAGCACUCAUUAGUGCUUUUCUUGUUCUCUUAAGAGCUAAAGGAGAAACCUUUCGAGAAGUUGUAGGUCUAGCAAGAUCGAUGAUCAAAUGUUGCAGAAAGGUUGAAGGCCUGAAUGACUGUGUGGACAUAGUUGGAACGGGGGGUGAUGGUGCCAAUACGGUGAAUAUUUCUACGGGAGCAGCUAUUCUUGCUGCAGCUUGUGGUGCUAAAGUUGCUAAGCAAGGGAAUAGGUCCAGUUCUUCUUCUUGUGGAAGUGCUGAUGUUUUGGAAGCCCUUGGAGUCGCCAUUGAAUUAAAUCCUGAGGGAGUGAAGAAAUGUGUGGAAGAAGUUGGGAUAGGUUUCAUGAUGUCCCCAUACUACCAUCCAGCAAUGAGGAUAGUGACACCUGUGAGGAGGAAGCUUCGAGUGAAGACUAUAUUUAACAUCCUAGGGCCUUUAAUCAACCCUGCUUGGGUACCUUUUGCUGUUGUUGGAGUGUACAAACAAGAUAUAGUCAGCAAGAUGGCCAAAGCAUUACAAAGUUAUGGCAUGAAAAGAGCAUUAGUUGUUCAUUCUGAAGGUUUAGAUGAAAUGAGUCCUCUUGGACCUGGAGUAGUCCUUGAUGUUACACCUGAAAAGAUAGAGAAAUUCUCUUUCGACCCACUUGAUUUUGGUAUACCUCGCUGCACUUUAAGGAACCUUAAAGGGGGAGGGCCGGAGUACAAUGCUGAAGUACUAAGGCGUGUGCUUUCGGGUGAAAGGGGGCCAAUUGCAGAUGCAUUAAUACUGAAUGCCUCAGCAGCAUUAUUAGUCAGUGGGAGAGUUGGUAACUUAGCUGAAGGAGUAGCCGUGGCCCGUAUGACACAUGAAUCGGGGAAAGCUCUCAAUACUCUUAAUCAUUGGAUUGGUGUUUCGACGGAUAUUGUAUUACAUUUAUAACAAAAGGGUCAUACAAAGAGCAAGGUGUUGCAGAAGAAUUUGCAGAUGAGUGUUAUUUAUCAUGCAUAUGGUGGUAUUUGUAGAGCCUAGCAGAGUUGUAAGACGACAUCCUUGUUUAGUAAGUGCAUCUGCCACAACAUUUUGCUCCAUGUACGCGUGUUGGAUGGUUGGAUUAAUUAGCGGAAGUGCCUACAAUUAGUGAUGAGAUUAGCAUAUAAUUGAUUCUUGUUACUAUCUAAUACUUGUUUUGCAUCAAUAUUGAUAUGUAAAGCUUGAAAGCCCACUCUGUUUGCUAUU